AUACCAAGCAAUACUCGACACCGGGCGAGUAUUAUACCAACUAAAUAUAUCUGUUCACUUGGCUCCUGUGGUGCUAGUAACACGCGUACCUAUCCACACACAUACACACGCCUGUGAGGUAGACACACGUACCUCUCAUACACAUACACACACACACACACACACACACACAGACGUACGCAAGAUGAUGUACGUAUUGUUCGAGUCCGCAUCAGGCUAUGGUCUCUUCGAGAUGGCCGAAAGCGAAGGCAUUGCGCUGAAAAGCAAAUCCGUACAGGAAGCUGUAACAGAUCUAUCGCGUUUCGGAAAAAUAUGUAAACUCAAGGCAUUUGCCCCAUUUCGCUCAGCUAUCGAAGCGUUGGAGAACAUCAACUGCAUCUCUGAAGGUAUAUUGCACGAUUACCUGCGUGACUUCCUAGAGGCCAACCUGCCUAAAGCCAAAGCCGGCAAGAAAGCCAAGUACACACUUGGUAUUGCCGACUCUAAGUUGGGUACACAGUUGUCUGAAACACUUAAUGUACAAUGCGAAGGAGGUGAUUUGACCAAAGAGAUUAUUCGAGGCAUUCGAUUGCAUUUCGAGAAGAUGAUCACAGCCAUGCGACCGGGAGACUAUACCAAGGCCCAACUGGGUCUGUCUCACAGUUACUCGCGAUCGAAAGUGAAAUUCAAUGUCAACCGUGUAGAUAACAUGAUUAUUCAGGCUAUUUGCUUGCUAGAUCAGCUCGAUAAGGACAUAAACACGUUCUCCAUGCGCGCCAAGGAGUGGAACUCGUAUUGCUUCCCCGAGUUAGCGAAGGUGGUGGCUGAUAACUACCUGUACGCCAAAACCGCUCGAUUCGUUGGAGAUAAGAACAAACUCACAGAGGAACACCUCGAGGAGCUCGAAGAACUAGUCGGUGAUACCGCCAAGGCCAAGCAGGUACUGCAAGCCUCGCGUGCCUCUAUGGGCAUGGACGUAUCCGAGACCGAUCGAAAUAGCAUCAACGCGUUCCUGGACCGUGUCAUCUCACUGUCUGAGUACCGCAUGAAGCUCAACGAGUACCUGUGCACCAAGAUGGAUCAGGUAUCACCUAACCUGGCCAAGCUGAUCGGUCCCAUUGUGGGGGCGCGUCUGAUCUCACAGGCUGGUUCGCUGACCAACCUGGCCAAGGCCCCGGCCUCGACGGUGCAGAUUCUGGGUGCGGAGAAGGCCCUUUUCAGAGCCCUCAAGACAAAGGGAAACACCCCCAAGUACGGAUUGAUCUACCACUCGACAUUCAUUGGUCGUGCGGCGGCUAAGAACAAAGGACGCAUCUCGCGUUUCUUGGCGAACAAGUGCACGAUCGCCUCCAGAAUCGAUUGUUUCUCAGAUGUACCCACAAGUAAGUUCGGAGAGGUUAUGCGUGACCAAGUUGAGGAAAGAUUAGCCUUCUACGAGACCGGAGUGGCCCCACAGAAAAACCUAACUGUCAUGCAAGAUGCGGCUGAGGAAGUACGAAAGGAGAACGGCGAGGUAAAGCCAACCAAGAAGCGCUCGAGGGACGAGGACUCUGAGGAGAAGCCCUCCAAGAAGAUCAAGAAGGAGAAGAAGUCCAAGAAGACCGAGGAUAAGAAGGAGAAGAAAUCUAAGAAGAGCAAAAAGAGCAAGAAGGAGUAAGCGAGAGGAAAUAUUAGUUCUUCCGCCCUAAUCAUGUACGGUGCUGCAGCUACCAAGUAACUGCGGAUUAUUUGGAGGUUCGACUCAUCAACCCCGCUCACAAGAAGAUUCAGUGCCAACAUACUUGAUUUAUAUACCCUUAUAUAUAUGUAUAUAUAAGUAUAUUGCAUGCCCAUAUCUGGUGUAAUGUGCCUUUGGUUGGUAUGGCUUCCAACUAUGUGUGGUAUGCAGUAUGCUGUUAAUAACGGUGUAAGUAGCGCUGUAUACGGAAGUUAGAGUAUAUAGAAUGGCAAUUGUAAUAUUAUAGAUAAGAGUAUUCACCGCCAAAAUCCCAUUCCCCGCCAAAAUCCCAUUCCCUUCGGAUCAAGCGACCGCAACUGAACAUAACUUGAUACCUUUGUACAAAAAUUUAAUAAAAUAGAACCUUUCUCUCAUA